AUGCUCUCCUACCCUCUAUUAGCCAGACCCUUCAAACCGCUGCAGCCGCGGAUCCUUGAGAAGCCGACCAAGUUUAACCCUCCCUCCCAUGGGAAACGACUGAAGCAACAGAUUCCACGCCAUUAUGGGCCGCAACUCACAGGAGAGCAGAGAAACGAACAACAGACGAAGAAAUACCCCAACAUGAUGCCUGCCCCAGGCACGUUCAUGCAUUGGUUCCUUACAAGUCGGGGCAUCCACACAUUUAUCUCCCUGGGCAUCCUCGUUCUCCUCGCCUCCAUCACCGCCUUCGAAAACUGGCGCCUGGCUACCGCCUUCCGCGAACAGCUACCUACAGCUGGGGACUUCCUCUCUCAACCGCUAACCGCGUUCUGGCAAGCGGUCGAAGUAUUCAAAUUGGAGACUGCGAAAACGAGCGCCGAGACUGCCGAGAAAAGAAGGAGGAGUGUGGAGGACGUGCAGAAGAGGAAUGCCUAUCGCAUAGCGCAUGGCUUGCAGGAUGAGAAUAGCGAGGGGCUGGGUGGGUGGACGGCGAGGAGUGACGUGGAGACUCUAGGAUCGGGGGCGAAAGCUGAUGGUGCCGUUGGGAGACCGGUAGGCGUAGAGCCUGGGCAAGAGGUGGAGCCCGAGGGAGUCGGGAAGGGUGGUGAUGGGAGAGAGGGCCCUGUUAAUGAUCGGGAGGGUAGGAAGAAGCACGUUAAGAAGUGGUUGGGGAUUUGGUAA